AUUGUUCAGUCAUAUAUUGAACUAUGACUGACUAACAAGUUUUAAUAUAAGAUACACGUGACUACUUAGAAGUACCAAAACAAUAUUAACAAAAACAAACUAAAUUUUUCUAAACAAAAUAUAAUAAAAAAUUCAUUUCACCCGUAUUUUUUAUUUUUUCUUUUGGUGCCUAGUUUUUAAUUCAUCAAAAAAAUUUUUUAAAAUUUUUUAAAUAAACAAAAAUUUAUUUAAUCCAAUUGAUGAUUUCAGAAUUGGAGAGAUAAAAAAUACAAGACAAGAUGGAUUUAAAAAAAUUGUAUAUUAUUGGAUUGAUAUUGAUUUUUCAACUGGUGGAUGUGUCAAUUGCAGCUACACCUGAAAAUUCAGCUUCUGUAAGAAAAUCAAGAGCCUUGAGAGUCGGUGACAGUUGGAGCUACAGUUCAUUUUAUCAAACACUUAGAAAUUAUUUUGGAUAUGAAGCUGAGCCAGAAAAUCAAUUUUCAAAAAUUGCACCAACUCAUGGAAGCUAUGGAUUUCCGGUUCCCAACAGUAUACAUUUAAAUCCUGUGCCUCCAGUUCACGUUAUGGGUACGUCACACUGGACAAGAAGGAAUGCCUAUCCAAAAGUAAACCAGACUUGUGGAAAAAUAUUUCUCGGUCAGUGCCAACGAUCACCUUACAGAAGUUACGAUGGCUCAUGCAAUAAUCUGGUUAAUCCAACUUGGGGAAUGGCACAAACACCCUACUCACGUCUACUGCCAGCAAUUUAUUCUGAUGGUAUAUGGCAACCAGCACUGUCAAGAAGUGGAAGACCAUUGCCACGAUCAAGAGUAUUGAGCUACACAUUGUUUCCCGAAGUGAGAAUCAAAGAUCCACGCUGGACCUUGGCUACUAUGCAAUAUGGGCAAAUCAUUACUCAUGAUAUGGCUGAACUAAUAACACCACCGAUGACAGGUAGCCGAAAUGUUCCUUGCUGCACUAAUAACGGUCAACUUGCGGUACAAAAUUUAAAUGAUCCAUCAUGUUUUCCUAUCGUGGUUGGACCGAAUGAUCCAGUAUAUCCAAUGACAACGCAAUGCCUUGCUUUUCGACGAACAGUUACUGAUCAAUCACUUGGCUGUCCAUCGGAAAACAGAUUCGCUGAGCAGAUGACAAGAGUAACGCAGUUUUUAGAUUUAUCAUUGGUGUAUGGUUCAGCUGAGACAAUGGCAUUGGGCCUGAGAACUGGUAUCAAAGGCAAAAUGUUGGCAGAUAUUCGUAAUGGAAAAGAAUGGCUUCCCCAUCAUCCAAAUGCAUCAACAGUUUGUAAUAUUGAUUCACCAAAUGAUGUCUGCUAUCUUGCUGGUGAUGAUCGAGUAAAUCAAAAUACCCAAUUGACGGUUAUUCAAAUAAUUCUUCUACGUGAGCAUAACAGAAUUGCUGAGCGUCUCUCAGCUCUCAAUCCACAUUGGAGUGAUGAGACAAUAUUCCAAGAAACCAGAAGAAUUCUCAUUGCAAUACAUCAACAUAUUUCUUACGUUGAAUGGCUUCCUAUUAUUACUGGUCCUGAGAAUGCCUUAAAAUACAAACUAAUUUACAACACUGAUGAUUAUGUUGAUGAUUAUGAUCAAAAUGUAAAUCCAACUGUUCUUAACGAACACUCAAAUGCUGCUAAUCGAGUCUUUCAUUCAUUGGUCGCUGGAUAUCUCAAACUUGUUCAAGAAAAUCGUUCACCAUCACAAACAUUAUUACGACUGAGUGACUGGUUUCAACGACCAAGUGUUAUUGAACAAGCAAACAACAUGGAUGCUCUCACACGUGGAUUAGCUGAUCAACCAGAACAAGCUCGAGAUCCAUUUUACGAUCAUGAAAUAACUGUGUUUCUUUUUCGUAUGCGGAAUCGUCUUGGAAAUGAUUUACGAGCAACAGAUAUUCAUCGAGCUCGUGAUCAUGGCCUCGCAUCUUAUAAUGAUUUUCGUGAAUUUUGUGGUUUACGUCGAGCAAGAACUUGGGCUGAUUUUAGUGAUUUUAUUUCAGCAAAAAGUAUUGAAAAAUUAUCACAACUUUAUGAGACUCCAGAUGACGUAGAUCUUGCUGUUGGUGGAUCACUGGAAAAUAAUGUUGAUGGAGCUUUAACAGGUCCAACAUUCCUCUGUAUUCUUAUUGAACAAUUUCAUCGAACUCGUGUUGGUGAUAGAUUUUGGUACGAGAAUUCAAAUCCAGAUACUGGUUUUACUCGAGAACAACUACGAGAAAUUCGAAAAGCCAGUAUUGGAAGAUUGUUCUGUGACAAUAGUGACAAUGUUCGAAACAUGCAACUUAGAGCAUUCGAAAUUCCAUCUCCAAGUAAUCCUAUUAUGAGAUGUGAAGAACUACCAGCCAUUGAUCUCAAUCAUUGGAAAGAUUUCGCACCAGAUGUAACAGGUCAUGCUCACAUUAAUCACGCCCAAAAUAUUGGUAUAUUUUAUAAAAAAAAAUAAACAUAUUGUUUGGAUAUUUUUCAUGAGAAAUUUCAACGUCAAUCGUCAUAUUUCGCCAUGCUAUACAUUCAUUGGCAAUGUCGAUUGUUUAAAUUUUUUUUUCUCAACUUCCAAACAAUGUCAGGGUCAGCGUUAAAUUUUUUACAAAUAUUUCCAUCUAUUAUUUUCACUGAUCGAAUUUUUUUUACUUAAUAUAUCAUUUUUUAAUUAUUUUUUCAACGUAAAAAAGUUGAACAAUCCUUACUUUAAUAUAUACGUACUAGACUGAUCAGAAACAAUAAAAAAAAUUUCUUCUACUUCCUGAAUUUUUCAGUCAAAAAAAUUAGAUAACAUUAGUUGGUAAAUUUCAAUUCCAAGUUUCAUUGUCUCUUCACAAGAUAAUUUUUUUUUUUAUUGAAAUGACACGAAAGAAAAAAAAUAUUACGUUAAAUCAAUUUAACAUAUAAAUAAACAAUAAUUUUUGCUAUAACGCCAUCAAUGAAUUAUUUUUUUUUUACUUUUUAAAACUGUUAUGUAAAAUUGUUAUGAAUUGUUAUAUUUUUUUUUGUUACUAAUUGUUUUUAAAUACUAAUUAUAAUAUUUUUAAUAAAUAAAAAAUUAAAAUUUGUUCUUUGAAAUAAUGU